AUGAAGAAAUCAAAUAACAAUGUGAAUAUGAAUGAUAUUAAGAAAGAUGCAAUAAAGUGGACUGAAGAAGUGGAUGGUAUAUUACUUGAUGCAUUAUUGGAGCAACAAGAAAAUGGGAACAGAGUUGAUGGAACUUUCACAUCUACUGCAUAUUCAAAUGUUGUGAAGAUAUGCUCUCAAAAACUUGGCUAUCCGUUUGAUAAAGAUCACGUGAAAAAUCGUAUGAAAACAAUGAAAAAUAAUUUUAACACAUGUUAUGACUUGUUCAAAAAUUUAAGUGGGAUAUCAUGGAGUCCAGAAACAAAACUCUUUAAAGCUGAACCAGAAGUAUGGAAGGCCCUCAUAGAGGCAAAACCAUCAUCUUCAAAAUGGAGGCACACCAAAAUCAACCAUUAUGAGAAGUUGUUUGAACUUUUUGUAAAAGAUAGAGCUACUGGUCAAGGUGCUAUAAGUGCAAAGGAAAAAGUUAGCAAAUGGGGAACAGAGAAUGGUACCUCAAGUAGUACUCAAAACAACAACCAUGAGUCAAAUUCACAAUGUGGGGGGUCUUCAAAGGGUUCAAAAAGAAAGGAUGUAAUGGCUGAUGUGUUUGAGAGAGAGAUUGAAGUUAUUGGAUCUGGAAUUAACAAAGUAGCCGAGGCAAUUGAAAAAGGAAAUCUUGUUGCUGAGAAGGGACUCGAAAUUGCAGCAAAGAGAGUUGCAAUAGUUGAGAAAACACAAACUAAUUAUCAUCCAGAUGAAGAAUUAUUUGCUGAACUAAUGAGAAUUGGAGUUCCUGAUAAUAAACAGUUGGAUGCAUUUAUAUUCCUUAUCAAAUACCCUCAGCACAAAAGCGCAUUUUUUGCUGUUCCAACUGAGAGGCGUCUUGAAUUGCUUAAUAUGGUGAUGGAUAGAGGAAAUGACUCUUGA